AUGCCACAGUCAACAGCACCCCGAGCCUCGCGUUCUGUCUCGGGGUGUCUGACCUGCCGCCGGCGUAAAGUCAAGUGCACUUCUCGCUCCUCUCCAUGCGAGCCUUGCAGCCGCCUUCGCCUAUCCUGUAUUGCCUCCUUCCAGGAAAACAUCAGAGUUUGGUCAGCAUCCGGAGGUUUGAGACCGAAAAAUACAACUAGAACGAGAGAUACGAGGCGAUCCAUCCACACAGUCUCCAGCCAAGUGCUGUUUCCAGAAGACAGCCAAGUCGAUCAAGCAGCAUCACCAGGCCUGGCUGAAGAUUGUUCUCCCAGAAACGCCAUCUACGACCUUUCAGAGAGGAUAAAAUCUUCGACCAGCACCAACCGUCCAGGUGACUCCGUUCAAACAACCGUGGCUACUGGAUCGAUCAACACUUCUAUUUGUGAAGAUGUUCCAGAGGGCAAUAAUGAUCUAACUCUCAGUGUGUCGAGACAGUCAGCAUAUGACCCAAGCCCCAUUGAUUCCUGGAUAGCAUUUGGCUCGUCACUGCCACCUUACUCGCCUAUUUUCAAUUCUCUACACGUCGAUGAUAGCCUGUCGGGUAUACUAAGUACGUUACCAGGUCAAAAUUGGGACAUCGCCACUUGGACUCAGUAUAUGAACCGAGUUCCAGAGUGGCUUUCAACCAAAAGGUCAAUGUGGAGCUGUUAUCACUAUCUCAUCAACCUAGCGCAAGCAAUUCCUGACUCGCCACUUUUCCACGGCAUUCUAAGCUGGACAUAUGCCUACUUGUUCCGCUUGGGGCUGGUGUCUCCCGAUCCCUCAAGGCUCAAGCAUUACAUGACUGCGUCAGACUCGAUUCAUCUAUUAUCGAGAGAAGCCAGUGACGGUCCCGUUUAUCUCAAUUUACUUGUCAUCAACCCCUCCGAUCGACUUUCUCAAUACAUUUCCACCACAUUCUUCCUUUGUCAACAUGAUCUCAUUGUGGGGGAUUUCGACUCCUUUAAGACACGAAUAAAUGAUGUGAAACAGACCUUCAUAGACCGUUGGAGGAGACAAAUCUUGCCUGGUGCCAUAGAAUCCCGCAUUAUAAUAUGGUUGGCUUUCAUGGAAUUACGAUAUCUUUUAAUGGCAGGGGACGAUACGAAUACUGGACAAAACCCAAAGGAUUUGAUGGCCGUGCUGGUGGAACUCGAGGCUAUUCCGGCACUACGUGGAGCUCGGCGGCAGCAAUCCUAUCUCAUCGAAUGCUUCGGAAACGGCCUUCCAAGUGAGGAAAAUGAUGAAGAUCUCCGAAAAGAACGAUGCCGUGAGAAAUUUGACGCCAUCUUCGCUUAUCUUAGCAAAGUACGCUCGUUCAGGGCUUGGGAUCAGAGCGCAAAAUUGCGGAUGGCUGCAGAGCCGUUGGUUGAAGAGUUACGUGAAGCAAAGAUAGAUGCGCUGCGCGCAGAUCUUGGGCGCAUUCAUGCGUGCAAGUUGGUGGUUGCUUCCCAAGAGCUACCUAGCACUGUUUAUGAAAACUUUGAUAGUGGGAUAUUUGCUAUCAUGACAGUCAAAGCACUUUCUCUCUCUGCCACGAUCAUGCUCAACCAAACAAUUGGCCGCAAUCUGCGAACAGAUGAACAAACACAAUCAGCGGCGCAUGAGUUGAUCCAAAUUGCCCGAAUAUUUAGAAAGUCCCAACGCCUUGUUUCGCCUUGCUCGACUAUCUGGCCCCUUCCAAUUUUCUUCGCUGGGAUUGGGGUCACCGAUGAGAUUUACCAGGAUUGGGCUUUGGGUUAUAUGAAGGAGCUUGAACAUUGGGGAGCCCAUGUCGUCAGAGCCAAGGAUACCAUGGAGCACUUGAUUGACAUGCAAGCUAAAGACGGCGACAGAGUAAAUGUUAGAAACUUCUUAUGA